GCGCACCUGCGGAGGGGGCACCUGCGCGUGAGGAGGAGCAAGGGCAUGGUCCGAGCCUGAGGCACCCGCGCUCAAGCCUGUACGCGGUGGCCCCUGGCUGGGGUGAAGCUCCCCCGUGUUUAUUCUUGCCCCGCCCCCGGGUGUGGGCUCCUGGCUGCAGGAUGAACUGUCGCUCGGAGGUGCUGGAGGUGUCGGUGGAGGGGCGGCAGGUGGAGGAGGCCAUGCUGGCUGUGCUGCACACGGUGCUCCUGCAUCGUAGCACGGGCAAGUUCCACUACAAGAAGGAGGGCACCUACUCCAUUGGCACCGUGGGCACCCAGGACGUGGACUGUGACUUCAUCGACUUCACCUACGUGCGGGUCUCCUCUGAGGAGCUGGACCGUGCCCUGCGCAAAGUUGUCGGGGAAUUCAAGGAUGCGCUGCGCAACUCUGGGGGUGAUGGGCUGGGGCAGAUAUCCCUGGAGUUCUACCAGAAGAAGAAGUCUCGCUGGCCUUUCUCGGACGAGUGCAUCCCCUGGGAAGUGUGGACGGUGAAAGUGCACGUGGUUGCCCUGGCCACAGAGCAGGAGCGGCAGAUCUGCCGGGAGAAGGUGGGCGAGAAGCUCUGUGAGAAGGUCAUCAACAUUGUGGAGGUGAUGAACCGGCACGAGUACCUGCCCAAGAUGCCCACGCAGUCGGAGGUGGACAAUGUGUUUGACACAGGCUUGCGGGAUGUGCAGCCCUACCUCUACAAGAUUUCCUUCCAGAUCACUGAUGCCCUGGGCACCUCGGUCACCACCACCAUGCGCAGGCUUAUCAAAGACACCCUUGCCCUGUAGGCCUUAACUGGGGCCACGGGUUCUCCUGGAUGGCUUGUAGACCUUGGCUUCCGGGGAUCGUACUGUGGGGCCCUUGGGGCUCUGGAACCUGCUCCAGGUCCUUGAUGAGACUUGGAAUGGCCACCCCUGGCUUCCUUGUUUUGUGGCUGCCAGUCUUUGGUCAUCUCUUUAACCUUUGCUAAUGGUCAAGUCUGGCCUUCACUGUCUCUCUGCAUCCCUCUGGGGGUCCCCCUUCCUCCACUGUAUGGAAGAGCCAUCGCUAGGAUGGUGAAUAAAGUUGAGAAUGCAUUUGGGUUGA